AGAACAGAAAAAAGAAAGUCAAAGCAUUAGUCAAAACCUCACAACUGAACGUUAGGGUUUUUGGUUGUCGCUUUUUCUCAGAGAGUUGGAGCGAAGCGAAGUGGUUAAGGAACACCUCCUUAGCCAAUCUUUUCUCGCAAUGGAAGAACAACGCCCAGUGAAAACUUCGAAAAGUCGAAAAAACAAAGGUGAAAGGAAAAUUGGGAAAAGCUCCAAGUCUCCGGGUCAGGCGAAAGAGCAUAAGGACCAACUUGAAAGACUUCGCGAAAAGGACCCUGAGUUUUAUGGUUUCUUGAAAGAGCAUGACCAGGAACUUCUACAGUUUGAUGAUGAGGACAUCGAAGAAGAUUCAGAUGCUGACUUGAAAGAAUCUGAGACACAAGAUGAUGAGAUAGAAGCAGAUGAAGACGAUGAUGAUGUUGCACAAAAGAAAAGGAAACAAUCUAAAAAAGUUGUUACUAGUGAAAUGGUUGAUUCUUGGUGCAACGCUAUUAAAGAACAUGGGAAGUUGAGUGCUAUUCAUUCUCUAAUGAAAGCUUUCCGCACUGCCUGCCACUAUGGUGAUGAUAAGGAGGAUGAGUCUUUGUUAGACUUUAGUGUUAUGUCUAGCAGUGUCUUUAACAAAGUGAUGAUAUUUGUACUUAAGGAAAUGGAUGGAAUAAUGCGGAAAUUGUUGGAGCUCCCUGCUUUUGGUGGGAAGAAAGAGACCAUAUUAGAUCUGAUGAACACAAAACGAUGGAAGAACUACAACCAUUUAGUGAAGUCAUAUCUUGGAAAUGCCUUGCACGUCUUGCGUCAAAUGACUGACACUGAAAUGAUAUCGUUUACUUUACGGCAUCUUCAAUAUUCAUCCAUAUUUUUGACUGCUUUUCCAGUUCUCUUAAGGAAGUACAUUAAGACUGCCUUGGACUUAUGGGGUUUAGGGGGAGGUUCCCUCCCUCUUGUCUCCCUUCUAUUUCUGAGAGAUUUAUGCGUUCGGCUUGGAUCUGAUUGCUUAGAUGAAUCCUUCAAGGGAAUAUACAAAGCCUAUGUCUUGAACUGCCAGUUUAUAACUGCAGCGAAAUUACAACAUGUUCAAUUUCGUGCAAAUUGUGUAAUUGAACUUUACGGAGUAGACCUUCCCACUGCAUAUCAACAGGCCUUCGUUUUCAUUCGACAGUUAGCAAUGAUUCUGCGAGAAGCACUUAGUUCAAAAACUAAGGAAGCAUUCCGAAAGGUUUAUGAGUGGAAGUUCAUGAACUGUCUUGAGCUCUGGACUGGAGCCGUCUCUGCCUAUGGCUCAGAACCUGAGUUUAGGCCUGUUGCGUAUCCCCUGGCCCAAGUAAUUUAUGGGGUAGCCCGUCUAGUUCCAACUGCUAGAUAUUUUCCCCUUAGGUUGAGGUGUAUUAGAAUGCUUAAUCGCAUUGCUGCUUCAACUGGUACUUUCACUCCCGUUUCUAUGCUGCUUUUGGACAUGCUUGAGAUGAAGGAGUUGAACAGACCCACCACGGGUGGUGUUGGCAAAGCUAUAGAUUUGCGCACUGUACUGAAGGUUAGCAAGCCAACCCUGAAGACCAGAGCAUUUCAGGAGGCGUGUGUGUUAUCUGUUGUAGAUGAGCUUGCUGAACAUUUAGCUCAGUGGAGCUAUUCUGUUGCUUUCCCCGAGUUGUCUUUUAUUCCAGCUGUACGGUUGCGUACCUUCUGCAAAUCCACCAAGGUUGAGAGGUUUCGGAAAGCAAUGAGGGAGCUCAUUCGUCAGGUCGAGGCUAAUUGUCAGUUUACAAAUGAAAGGCGUAUGUCAAUUUCUUUUCUGCCAAAUGAUCCUGCAGCUGCGUCUUUCCUUGAGGAGGAGAAAAAGUCAGGGGCUAGCCCUCUGUCGAAGUACGUUGCAACUCUACGUGAAGUAGCAAAACAAAGAAAUGCUUCGUUAUCGGAAACCAGUGUUCUUGUGGGCGAGCAUUCAUCUGUCUUUGGAAGUAAAGGACGAGAAAGUGAUGAAGAAGAUGACACCAGGGACGAGGAAGGCACUGCUGUCUUUAGUUCAUCCUGGUUACCAGGAAAGGAUUCCAAAGCUGAGCCACCCAAAGAUGUGAAAAAGAAGAAAAGGAAGCGAAGGACCGAGCGCCAGGACCAAGUAGCCAUGGAUGAAGAUAUUGUUCAGGAGUUGGUACUCAGUUCUGAUGAAGAAGAUGGGUCUUUAAGCGACACCUUUUCUGCUGAAGAAGAUGAAGAGGAGAAACAAGCUCCUUCAAAGCUGGAAAGCAAGAAGCCGAAACGCUCAACAAAUAAAUCAAAGAAUUCUUCAAAACCUCAAGCAAAAAGAUCAAAGAAGAGCAAGGCGGCUAACUGAAGUGACACAAGUAUCUCGUGCGUGCCCGUCCGACAGUCUCCAUUGUUUUGUCGAUCUUUUUCCUUUUCCUAAUGGUGUAUUGAAGAGCUUGUGAAAACCAGCUUUCUUGAAAGUUAUGCAUGAAAUUCAUUUUUGAUCAAUGUCAAGAUAUUAUUUUGUGUUU